GUACGAUUCAUUAAACAAAAAGCAAGAAUCAGAUUAUUCAAUAUCAACGUGCAAUUACAGUGUGUCGCGCCACACACUUUACUUUAUAUAAAGAUUAAAGUAGUAUAUUUUCUGCACAUUGGUAGUUUUCAUUAGGCUCAAAUUCUGGCUAACGAAAUAAAUGCGAGCAUAAUUCUACACUUUGCCAACAGCGCCAGAAACGGCAACAAUCAGAAAACGACAAAAACAGCUACAAAAAUUGACAGCAACAAUAGAAGACUUGGUAACAACAAUACAACAGUGAAAAUGAGAGAAGUGAUGAAACAUUCAGAUCAAUCAACAAAGGUGUAAAUAGUGGCAUAUAAUCACACCGCAACAACGUUAAUGGAUGUGUGCAUGUGUGCAUAUGCAUGUACAUGCUAUCAAACAUAAACAAUAACAGGAUAGUUCAUGUCCUUUCACAAAGCCCGGCAGCACGCUUGUGUUAAAUAUUGAUUUUGUUCCCUGCGCGCCUCUAUUGCCAAUUGUUUGUACGCAUGUAUAUGUGAGUGAAAAGGUAUCCAAGAAACAAUAAUUGGGAUAUCGAUACCGAUAACGAUACAGCAAAGUACAAUACGCAACACAAAUACAAACAAAAACAAUUUUAGCGCGUUAUCAAGAGCAAUAUAAAGUUGGUGGCUCAACAACCGGCGCGUUGUUUUUGUUUUUUUUUCUUUUUGUUUUUCUUUUUUUUUUUUUUUUUGCGUCACUGUCGGCAGCUUUUCUCUCUUUUUGUUGAGCGUUUUUUAUGCUAAUCCAACGUUAGGCUAAAUUACAACAAAAUAUUAAAAAAAAACUCGACGACAACUCGAGGCAAGUUGACUGAAAAUUGUUUUUUAAUUUGGUAAGAAGACAACUUCUUACCAAUGAUUUCGCUGGUGCAAAUGAAAUUCCAUGCGCUGCUGCUGCUGCUAUCAAAGGUUUGGACAUGCAUUUGUUUCAUGUUCAAUCGCCAAGUGCGCGCUUUUAUCCAGUAUCAGCCGGUUAAAUAUGAACAGUUCCCGUUAUCGCCUGUAUCGCGUCAUCGCCUCAGCUUGGUGCAGCGUAAGACCUUGGUCCUGGAUCUGGAUGAGACACUCAUACACUCACAUCACAAUGCUAUGCCCAGAAAUACCGUUAAGCCAGGCACGCCGCACGAUUUUACCGUUAAAGUGACCAUCGAAAGGCAUCCAGUGCGUUUUUUUGUACACAAGCGACCGCAUGUCGAUUACUUUUUAGAUGUGGUCUCACAGUGGUACGAUCUAGUUGUAUUCACGGCCAGCAUGGAGAUCUAUGGAGCUGCUGUGGCCGAUAAACUUGACAAUGGCCGCAAUAUACUGCGUCGUCGCUACUAUAGACAACACUGCACGCCUGACUAUGGCUCCUAUACCAAAGAUUUAUCAACCAUAUGCAGUGAUUUGAAUAGGAUAUUUAUAAUUGAUAAUUCACCUGGUGCAUAUCGAUGCUUUCCAAAUAAUGCAAUACCAAUAAAGAGUUGGUUCUCCGAUCCAAUGGAUACAGCACUUCUCUCCUUGCUUCCAAUGCUCGAUGCACUUCGAUUCACCAACGAUGUUCGCUCGGUAUUGUCACGGAAUCUACAUUUGCAUCGUCUUUGGUAGCAGGUGGGCUGUCAUCAAUCGUAGUUUAUAACGUUCGAAACUUUCUAAUAACAAUUACAAUUCAACUUUACAACAAUUUAAAUAAUAUGUAACAAACCAACAAAAAAAUUAAAGGUGGUGCUGUGACACAUAAACGAAUUUUUUUCAGUAAUGGUAGACAAGAUCAUUGUAAUAGAGAAUUUUUUCUAUAACACUUCAAUUAUGACAACG